AUGGGUGAACCACUCUCACAACACUUUGAAACGCUGCAGCUACAUGCUGGCCAUUCGCCAGACACAGCUACCAAUUCACGCGCAGUUCCGAUCUACGCGACGACGUCUUUCGUCUUCAAUGACUCCGCUCAUGGAGCUCGCCUUUUCGGCCUAAAGGAGUUUGGCAAUAUCUACAGUCGUAUCAUGAACCCUACUGUCGAUGUGUUCGAACAACGCAUUGCAGCCCUCGAAGGCGGCGUAGCAGCUGUCGCAGCCUCGUCCGGACAAGCGGCACAGUUCAUGACCUUCGCUGCUCUUGCUCAGGUCGGUGACAACAUUGUUUCCACCACCAACCUCUACGGCGGCACAUACAACCAGCUCAAGGUAUUACUACCAAGACUGGGCAUCAAGACGAAGUUCGUCAAUGGAGACAAGCCCGAGGACUUCAAGGCUGCUAUCGACGACCACACCAAGGCCAUCUACAUUGAGAGCAUUGGUAACCCCAAGUACAACAUUCCAGACUUUGAGAAAAUUGCAGAAAUUGCUCACGCAGCCGGAGUACCAGUGGUGGUGGACAACACGUUCGGUGCUGGAGGCUUCUACGUUCAGCCAAUCAAGCACGGAGCUGACAUCGUGAUUCACUCAGCGACCAAGUGGAUCGGUGGGCAUGGAACGACCAUCGGCGGUAUCGUUGUAGACAGCGGCAAGUUCGACUGGGGAAAGAACGCAAAGCGCUUCCCGCAAUUCAAUGACCCAGCCGAAGGCUACCAUGGCCUGAAGUUCUACGACACAUUCGGGCCCAUCACAUUCGCAAUCCGGCUCCGUGUUGAGAUUCUGCGUGACUUGGGCGCCUGCCUGAGCCCCUUCUCGGCACAGCAGCUCCUCAUUGGUAUCGAGAGCUUGAGCUUGAGGGCCGAGAGAAUUGCCUCGAACGCCUUGACUCUUGCGCAAUGGCUCGAAGCAAACGAGAACGUCUCCUGGGUCUCGUAUCCAGGUCUUUCAAGCCAUGCGUCAAACGGGCUUGCGAAGCAAUACUUGAAGAGAGGAUUCGGUGGUGUGUUGUCCUUUGGCGUCAAGGGCGGUGCUACAGCCGGAAGCCAGAUCGUAGACAACUUCAAGCUGAUCUCGAACCUGGCAAACGUUGGUGAUGCCAAAACUCUUGCCAUUCACCCCUGGACAACGACCCACGAACAGCUGUCGGACGAAGAGAAGAUCAACAGUGGCGUGACCGAAGAUCUGAUCCGCAUCUCGGUCGGAUACGAACACAUCGACGACAUCAAGGCUGAUUUUACUCAGUCGUUCGCAGCGUCGGCCACGAAGCCAGGCGAGAGCGGUGCAGCUGGCAACGCAGAGGCUGGCAAGAAGGCAGAAGGCGAUGCUGCGCUGGCGGGAUCUGUGUAG